CGUGUUUACAUGUGUUGGUGUGUGUAAGCUACAUAUUGCAGAACUCCGAGGCAAGCGCGCACGCAAAUUUAGAUGGCAGUGACACUGAAGAUGGAAGAAAGAUCAUCAACGACAGUCGCCAGAGUUAAUGAUACAGAUGAGUCUGACAAUGCUCCACUGCAUGUACCGGUUUCCUCAGAUGAUAAAGUCACUUUACUUUUGGUGUCUUCUGCUUUGUCUGUUGUGCUCGGUUCGUCUGCGCAGUACGGAUAUCAGAUAGGAGUUUUGAAUUCACCAAUGGAUUUGAUUAUUGGAAUUUAUGAGAACACAACACACUCAUCACAAGACUCAUCAGACUCUUCUAGUUCAAAUGGGAAACAUCUCUAUGCAUUAGCUGUAGCAAUAUUUGCAAUAGGGGGACUAAUUGGAGCAUUCAUCAGUGCAAAGAUGGCAGACACACUAGGAAGAAAACCAACGAUGUUGUUGAACAACAUUUUGGCAGUAGCUGGAAGCAUCAUAAUGGCAUUGAGCUCUGGUUUCCCGAUGUUAAUUGGUGGACGCUUUGUAAUAGGAAUUAAUGGAGGAAUUACUACUGGUCUUGCUCCAAUGUAUUUAACUGAGAUCUCACCUAUUCGAGUACGUGGAGUUUAUGGACUGCUUAAUCAACUUGGAAUUACAGCAUUUAUAUUUAUAUCACAGCUGCUUGGGUUGCCAAAGCUGCUAGGCAACAAACACUUGUGGCGGUUACUGUUUGGAUUUCCUCUGGUGCUUGUAACCAUUCAGCUGUUAACAUUACCAUUUUGUCCAGAAUCUCCACGCUAUCUCUACUUGUGCAAACAUAAACAAAAAGAAGCUGCAGACGCUCUUCGUCGCUUGAGAGGAACAACCAACGUACAAAGAGAAUUAAACGAACUACAGUCAGAGCUGCAGAAGGAAGAGAGCGUUUCUCAAGUUUCUUAUGCUCAGCUGUUCUGUGAUGGCGGCCUGCGACGACCACUACUUAUCAGUUUUGGACUUCAAUUUUGUCAGCAGUUGUCAGGCAUCUUAGGGGUGUUUUACUAUUCAACUGCAAUAUUCAAAGAAGCAGGACUCUCCCUCGGAUCAAUCGCAACUGUUAUCACAUCAUUCUCUCUCAUACCAAUGACAAUUAUUGCAGUAAGGCUAAUGGAACGGGUUGGUCGUCGAACGUUAAUGCUAUACGGUCUGGGUGGAAUGAUGAUAUUCCACAUGUGCCUUACUAUUGCUUUCUGCUUUCAAGUUGGAUUUAAUUUGGAUAAAUCUGAUGGUAUAACUGUGCCUGGUGUACUUGCUGUGGUGUCGAGUGUCUUGUUAGUGUCAUCGUUUGCUAUUGGACCGGGCGGUAUCCCAUGGAUGAUAGUAGCAGAACUUUUUACACAAGGUCCUCGAGCUCUUGCAGUCAGUCUUUCUGGUAUUGUCAACUGGUUGCUCAAUGGCCUCAUUGGAUACACAUUUCCUUUUAUCUUAGAUCAUCUCUAUCCAUAUGCAAUGCUGCUGUUUGCAGCUAUUUGUGGAGUAUUGUGGCUGUUUGUUUAUGUCUACGUGCCCGAGACCAAACACAAAACGGUCGAAGAGACGGCUGAAUACUUUAGAAGCCACACCCACGCAUCUCGAAAUUAUUCGGCUUUACGGGAAGAAUUAACCACCAACUGAUAUUGAAUCAAAGGGUAAAGGUAGAUAUCAAAUUUGAAUUUAAUUAGUGAUGUGCAUUAGAUAUCAAUAGAGAUUUUGAUAGAAUUAUUUACUGUAUUUGUAUUGUAGUUUUUGUUUAUAUUAAUGUAGCUCAUGAGUCAAACUAUUAAUUCUAUUGUGGUAUGUGAGGAUUCGAUUUGAAUUGAGGUCAAAAUGUGCUACGAUUGGG